CGCCCUUGGGGGCAAAAAACGGUGAAAGCUAACGUACGAAAUCAGAGGGCAGCACAGGAAGCGAUCGCACGAUCGUGCCCGUGAGCAGUCUCGCAACUCAUCUCUGUUAUCAAAUCUAAAUGGAAAAAUGCUCGCGUUCUGACAACGUUGUCCAAACAUAUCGCCUCUGACAUGAAUCAUGCCGGACCUGUGCCAGAAACGUCAGAAAUAAAUCCAAUUAAUUUUGUGGCAAAUCAAUUACUGACCACCCCCAAUCCAAGGUUAUAGUUGAAUUGUUAUGAACAAUUGUCCUCUGCUGCGCACUUGUGAUGUAGACCGGAGGCCUUUGCAUUAUUGAUAGAACGUUGUCAACAAAACUACCUCCAUAAGGCUAGUGAGCUGAUAAUGAUAUGGACUGACAAUAUGUAUCGAAGAUGUUGCCCGAGAAAGAGGUGAACAUCGAAAUUAUGACCGAAGGAGGCGAAAAUCAACCAACUACGAACAAUGAGGCACAAGCUGAAGUGUCCGAAGCUAGAUCAUCGCAUGCUGAAAGUGUACAAGAAGGAAAUACAGAUGCAACGUCACAAAGUUUCUCUGGUUUUUGCCAAGACCAGCUCGUGGUUCAUGGAUCGACCCAGGGAGAAGGUAGUGAUGCUUCCAGCAUACUUACCGCCAGUACGUCAAUUUCUGGUAACGAAUCGAGUUCAAGCAGGGUGAGUGCAGUAACAGUUAUAUUGCCUUGGGGUGCGCAGAAAGAGACAAUUAAGCCUCAACAAAUCGGAGACAUGGAUCUGAGACCUGGAGAACUUGUAAUGCGUAUUUUAUUCGUUGACUUUACAUCCCAAGCUGAGAAAAAAAUGGAAGCAGUCAUGACAGAACACGAAAAGCAACUUUCAAAAGUUUUACAAAGAGGUGAAGAUCUCCAAUUCGAUCAACUACUUUCAGCCUUUGGUUCUGUAGCAGAGCACUGUUUACCAUCUAUUUUGCGAGCACUAUUUAAUUGGUACGAAAGACAACUGGUUGACCAUGGAACCGAUCAAAAAAAGCCAGCUCCUGGGAAGGAAGAUCAAAAGGGGAAGAGUAUUAUGUACACGAUCGUAUCAGGAAGUGUCGAAACUGUGGAAAGGAGCGAAGCUGACUUAUUGCAAGAGAGAAGAGACCUCGCCGUGGAAUUUAUCUUUUGUCUGAUGUUAAUCGAAAUUUUACGCCAACUUCCCUUCCAUCCAGGCCACGAAGAUCUCGUGACGUACAUUGAGAACAUCGCUUUUAAACAUUUCAAAUAUCGCGAAGGGAUUCAAAAUGAUCCCAACGCAGGGAACAUUCACAUUAUCGCAGACUUAUAUGCAGAAGUUAUCGGAGUGCUCGCACAAGCUCGGUUCAUGUCUGUUAGGAAACGGUUCAUGGUGGAAUUGAAGGAACUUAGAGCGAAGGAACCUGGACCACAUACUACGCAGAGUAUUAUAUCCUUACUCAUGGGAAUGAAGUUUUUCAGAGUUAAGAUGGUUCCUAUAGAAGAAUUCGAGGCCUCGUUUCAGUUCAUGCAGGAGUGUGCUCAAUAUUUUUUAGAAGUGAAAGACAAAGACGUCAAGCACGCUCUUGCCGGCCUAUUCGUCGAAAUACUCGUUCCAGUCGCUGCAGCUGUAAAGAACGAAGUCAACGUUCCUUGUCUAAAGAACUUCGUAGAGAUGUUAUACUCCACAACUUUGGAUAUGUGCACCAAGUCAAAGCAUCGCCUAGCAUUGUUUCCGCUCGUAACUUGCCUUCUCUGUGUCAGUCAAAAGACAUUUUUCUUGCAAAAUUGGCAUUACUUCCUGGCAAUGUGUCUCUCCCAUCUGAAGAACCGCGAUCCAAAGAUGUGCCGCGUUGCUCUAGAGGCCCUCUAUCGACUGCUGUGGGUCUACAUGAUUCGCAUAAAGUGCGAGAGCAAUUCCGCGACUCAGAGCAGACUGCAGAGCAUCGUGAACUCACUAUUCCCUAAAGGCUCAAAGGCUGUCGUCCCGCGGGACACUCCCUUGAACAUCUUUGUGAAGAUCAUUCAAUUCAUAGCUCAGGAGAGACUAGAUUUCGCGAUGAGAGAAAUAGUGUUCGACCUUCUUUCCGUUGGUCGCCCGGUCAAGAUCAUCCUGACUCCGGAACGCAUGAGCAUCGGACUUCGAGCUUUCCUGGUCGUUGCUGAUAGUUUGCAACAGAAAGAAGGCGAGCCACCAAUGCCGCGCACAAUGGGUGUUCUCCCCAGCGGUAACACAAUGCGCGUUAAGAAAACAUUUCUCAACAAGAUGCUAACCGAGGACACCGCGAAAAGCAUAGGGAUGUCUUCUUACUUCCCUCACGUACGACGAGUGUUCGUCGACAUUUUGAGGGCAUUGGAUGUACACUAUGGGAGGCCCUUGAUGAUGACCAGCACUCAAAACAUGAACAAAGAGCCCGAUGAGAUGAUUACUGGCGAACGGAAACCAAGGAUAGAUCUCUUCAGGACUUGUGUAGCUGCCGUUCCUCGAUUGAUUCCUGACGGAAUGACUGGAGCUGAAUUAGUUGACCUCCUUGCUCGACUUACAGUGCACAUGGACGAAGAACUUAGAGGAUUGGCUUACCAGAGCUUGCAAACGCUGGUCCUGGACUUCCCUGAUUGGCGACAAGAUGUGGUCCUCGGGUUUACUCAGUUCCUCGCCAGAGACGUCCAGGACACGUUUGCCCAACUGGUCGACAAUGGUCUCAGGAUGUUACUUCAAUUGCUAACCAGUUGGAAGAAUGCUUUGUCUAGUCCCAGCGUUAAAUCCAAGGAACCACCGAUCGAUCCUGCGAGAGUGGGUUUGCGAUCCGAUGGGUCCAUUAAAAAAACCGAGCCCGGCCAGAAGGUGGAACCCGUGUCCAGUGUUUUCCAUCUAGUCGAAGGAUUCUCUUUAGUGAUGCUCUGCAAUUGCCGACUGUAUCCUCGGCGCAUAGCCGUCCAUAUUCUUCGUGAAGUCAAACUGCUAUUGAAGACUCUGGGCGGCCUAGAAGAUGAUCAACCAGUAAUAGACAUAAUAGACGCCGCCUGUCCGGCUGUUUUGGAAAAGUGUUACCACAUGCUACCACCAGCCGAAAAGGCAGCGGCUGCUUCAACGUCCAACGUGGAUCUUCAAUGGAUUGCUGACAGAAGCAGUUGUGUCUGGACAGCAGGUUUCCACGACGAGAAUAGCACAAAGAGCUCCUCGACUUUAAACCUAAACGGAGCGGAUCCUUGGAGCACUUGUCUCUUUGCAUUUCUGGAGAAAGACCGAGUAUUGACGUGUUGUCCUACCGCGGUGGCGCAUUCCUGGCCCGUUGUCUUCAACCGGAUAAAUUCCCUCUUCACCGUCGUAGACCCAACACCCGUGAACGACAACAGAGCUUCGCUUCUCCGGAGCUCCACCGCUGUCCGGAAACCAGUCAACGAAAGAGACGUGUACAUGCACGUAUGGAAGAACUACUUGACAUUCGGAUACAGAGUGGUCCCCCCGAUACCAAGCCCGAUCGUUCGUUGUGCCAGUCCAGAUCUUAGCCUUAGUGGUCAGCAUACGGUGGAGUUUGGUGUGUUGUGCAUGAGUAAGGAGUUGAGUCAGAGCCUGGAGAACCUCGGCGGGGCCCAGACCCUGCCGGGCCGGUUCUCCGUACCGUCCAUUUCCGGCAUCUACACCAGGCAUAAGCGGACCAGCUCUUCCCCGGACAGCCUCUCGGCGGAACGAGGUGACAACAAGUCCCCAGGGAACAAUGCAAGUCCUGCAGCUCUCUACAAACUCACCGUUCCUUUAUUGAAAUGCGAAGCGGUGUACGUGCGAGAUGCCGUUGUCCAAGCCAUCGGCAAAGUCAAUGCCGACGCCCUAAAGGACUUAAUGGAAGAGCUGGUUCCUUAUAUCCGGGAAGCCGUGGAUCGAAAGCAAGAGAACAUGAGGAGGAGACGAAGGAGGGACGCCUUAAGGCUGCAGCUCGUCCGCGUUCUGGAGCUGAUAGCGGAAUACGGGACUUUCGGGAUUUGCCCUGCCGUCCUGGACCGCGAGACUCAGUCUUUGCACCCUACCUUCGUCGAGUACAUAGACGGCGCCAGGCUAUACCUGGAGAACGAAUCCGACAAGGAGGCGCCUGCAGUGAGAGACAUAAAGUUGCACUUCUGCAACUUCAUCAGGAAGAUGAUCAAGAGUUUUUCGCUAGAGACGUGUCAUACGUUGCUGAAGAGGGACCUCCGGCGCAACUUGUUCACGCUUUUUGCGAGCUGGGCUGGCCAUUAUGGAAGACCUCUGACCAGCACUUCGUUCUCUCACGAGGAGGAGAAGGCUUGCUCGGAGUUGCAGCUCUCCGCUCUGCAGGCCAUGAGCGGUCUACUCUGUUGUGGACCUUGUUUUAAUCCUCAAUCACUUUCCGAGGAAGGUGCGAUACUGUAUCAGUGGUUGGACCUCUUGUUGGCCAGCAAAGACGAGAAGAUUUAUGCGUUGGCUCGGGAGACCGUGGUUUUAUUGCUGGAAGGAAACCCCGACAUUGGAGCUCUCCUCGACUGGGUCGUCGACCGUUGCUACACCGGCGAGCCACAAGUGGCGGACGGUUGCUUCCUUGCCUUGGCAACGAUAUUUAGCGCAAGAGAGUAUCCCUGCGAUCAUUACACCAGCGUCAUCAACGUCACCUUAAUGAACACCGGGUGUCCGCGUGCCCCAGUCCACGACGCAGCUCUUCAGCUUCUCCAGCUCCUGGACCAGCGGUUCUUCGGGAACGUGGGGCCUCUUCCUGCCACCGAAUUGGACACGGGACAAGACGACAUCGCGGCUGGCUCUUCUGCGGCCGGGGGACCAGGGCACACCAACUUGCCGGCUACUUCGGGGCCUCUUUCCAGCGUCCCUGCUAGAGGAGGCACCCUGGAUGCUCUUCUCUCCACUACUUAUUGCAGGAACCAGAUGUAUUUGUCUCGGCAACUUGCUCAGCUUCAUCCCGAUCUCACCAUGCCGAUGUUCAGCGAGAUCACGCACAGAUUCCAGACCGCUCGUCGCGAGGUUCGCCAACUACUUUUGCAGUACCUCUUGCCCUGGCUGCAUAAUAUGGAGUUAGUGGACCCCAACGUACCGCCACCAUCCAACCCUUUGAGUUAUUAUCAGUAUUAUGCCAGUGAUGUAACUCGCGGAGGUGGACGCAGAGAAGGCUGGGGAAGCGCAGAAGCGACGGAAAUGGUCCUCAACAAUUUAUUCUACAUCACCGCAAAGUUUUCCGAUGAACACCCGAAGGAGACGGAGGAGCUCUGGGCGACACUCUGCGGAUGCUGGCCGAAUAAUCUCAAAGUGAUGAUCCGAUACCUCAUCAUCGUGUCGGGUAUGGCUCCUCAGGAACUUCUGCCCUAUGCGAAGCGCGUCGUCCUGUACCUGGCGAGAGCCCGACCGGAUCGUCUGGUGGACGAGAUGAUGACGGAAUUGCAGACUGUGGAGACGUUGAAUUGUCUAAUCGAGAGGACGGAGACUCCCCCGUUUUACCGAUUGACGAGCAUGAGGAAAGCCUCGUCCCACAGCGACGCACCUGCUGCGGACCCGGGGAACCCACCUAGAGAUUUGGCGGUGGAGAAGGGCACCAUUCAUACGAAGAGACACUCUGGGGAGGAUCCUGUGAAGACGGGAUGCUCUAAGUCCGACACCGCUCUUCGGACGCUGGCAGGGUUCCCAACGCCGAGAGCCGAGAAAACCAGAACCGCCAGCGGUCCUCCAGUACUUCCCGAUGACCUGUCCACGCCUACAACAGAGCCCGAGCUUACAACUGACGAGUCUUGCUACGGGCCGCGAAACGUUCCUUCGGCAUCGAAUGGGAAGGCCUCGAAUACCGGAGAGAAAUUCGACAUCCCUCAGCCGCAUCCUCUUCCAAUGCCUGAAUACGGUGGAUAUUUCGCGCCUUUGACGGAGUUCCUGCCGGAUAGCUCGCAGCCCAUCAGCGGUUUCCACAGGUGCAACAUAGCCGUCAUGUUGCUGACGGACGUCAUCGUCGACGGCAUACAGCUCGACUGGGCAAUCCACGUGCCUCUGAUGCUGCACAUCGUUUUCCUCGGUCUGGACCAUUCUAGGCCUUUGGUCAGAGACCACUGUCGGUGUCUUCUUCUGAACCUCCUCGUGGUGUUGGGGGACCACCGGGACCACUUAGGCGUGGCUCGUGUCCUCCUUGCAUCAAAGACCGAACAGCUGGGGCUGGGAUUGUCGACCCCGGCCCUCCCGAUUUUGGAGCACAAUUUCACCGAAAUCGACCCCGAGUUCGAUAGUUACCUUUACGGGCCACCACCGGCUCCUCCUCCGGCGACUCCACCACCCUCCAGCUCGCCUCCUCCGCCGUGUUCUCCGCCACCUUCGCCACCACCGCCUCCACCGCCUCCUCCGCCACCUCCUCCGCCGCCUCCACCUCCGCCACCUCCUCCACCACCACCUCCUCCACCUCCUCCUCCUCCACCGCCACCUCCACCCCCGCAGUCGUCUCCUAGUGGCACCACACCUACCCAUUCUCCUACCCCAACCUCCAUGUCCACUCCUCCGUCGUCGAUUAAUCAGGUCGCCCAAGCUUUGACCGAUAACUUGAAGGAUUCCACCGGCCACAAGUAUGAGUCUUCGUGUGGCGGGUGGUCGUCUUCUGGAGGAACCGUUCCGACCAUCCCUCCGGUGAUCGUCACCCCUGAAGAAGGAGCCAACUGGAUUGGCCCCCAACCCGGACCUAACAUGCCCAUCCAGGACGUCAUCAAAUCUCUGAUCAACUUUCUGGCCUCUAGGACUAAUCAACCGUUGUGGAAUUACGAGGACAUGACGGCCAAGGUCUGGUGGGUGCGAAGUGCCGAGCAGUUGACUAUCCUCCUGCGACAUGUCCUGCGGGUCUUCAGGGACUCCUUGCCUCAUGCUUUAGUUAGCCAAAGAUGGGCGCAAACCGCCCUGCAAUUAGGGCUCUCUUGUUCCUCACGACAUUACGCUGGUAGAUCUCUGCAAGUCUUCAGGGCUCUUCGGGUUCCCAUCACGUCCAGGAUGCUGUCGGACAUCCUAUCCAGACUCGUCGAGACCGUCGCCGAGCAGGGAGAGGACAUGCAGGGAUACGUGACGGAGCUGUUGCUGACUCUGGAAGCUGCCGUCGACUCGCUGGAGUCCGACUUCAGGCCUCUGGACUUCAUGAAGGAGAUCUUCAAGUCUACCCCUAAUUUAAACAACAAGGACCCCGUGUCAGGCCUCGUUGUUGGAGGCAAACGCAGCCAGGGCGGGAAUGGCUAUCCAGCUGGUCCUCACCUAUUUUCACACCUGAAUCAAGGUGGACACACUCGCAGCACCAGCUACUCGGUCAGCUACUGCAUGCGGAAGUCGAGUGGUGCUGGCUCGAGCACAACCAGCGAUAACAAAGAACUAGACAGCCGAUCUGGUGGCAACAAGUUCCCGAACUCGAACCUGUCGAGAUCGCGAUCGGCUCAAUCCCUGAAGCUGUUGGGCGAUUCUGCGACCCAGGACGACAAGAUGACCAUCCUGGCCCAGCUGUUCUGGUUAUCCGUUUCCCUGCUGGAGUCCGACUACGAGCACGAGUUCCUGCUUGCUCUGAGGUUGCUGGGAAGAGUGCUUCACAGAUUACCGCUGGACCGUCCGGAUGCCAGGGACAAAGUGGAGAAACUGCAGCAACAGCUUCGUUGGAACUCCUUCCCAGGAGUGCACGCUUUGCUCCUCAAGGGCUGCACCAGCCCCAAUACUUAUGAGCCGGUUGUUACCCUGCUCUCUCAGUUUACCCCUCUUUUAGACCUCCCAGUUGUCGAUCCCACCCAGAGUUUGGCGUUCCCGAUGAACGUCGUUUCUCUGCUCCCUUAUAUGCUACUGAACUACGAGGACGCCAAUGAACUCUGCAUCAGGAGUGCGGAAAAUAUCGCUCAGGUGAGCGCAGAGAAGGGGAAGAAAUUGGAGAACCUGGGGACCGUGAUGACCCUGUACAGUCGGCGCACCUUCAGCAAAGAAAGCUUCCAAUGGACCAAGUGUGUCGUCAAGUAUCUCUACGAUACUUACGCCCAUCUUAGCUUCAACAUGUUAGCUUUCCUUGUUGAAGUCCUGGAGAAAGGCCCGACGAGCGUGGCGUUGCCGGUCCUCAGCAUCAUCCACUGCAUGCUGCAUUAUGUGGAUUUAGCCACUCAGGCUGCCCAGCCUAUCAACACUGAACUGCUCAGGGUCAUUUCGAAAUACGUCGAGGGUGCUCACUGGAAGGAAGCCCUGAAGAUCCUGAAGUUGGUCGUCACCAGGUCCUCCACCCUCGUGGCACCGCCUACAUCGGUUCAUGGUUCCUCGUGGGACUCCUCCUUGGCGUCUCCACAUCCAAGCUUCACCGACACCGAGAUAUUCACUAAGAAGGAAUUGCCUGGGAGGACGAUGGAUUUCACUUUCGACCUCACCCACACGCCGGUAAUUGGCAGACGUUGGCUGAUCCGUCCCGUUGCUGAAGAGAAACUCGGCUCUCCGAGACGCUUCUUGUCUCUUUCUCCGGCCGAUAGCAACGCUAUCGCUGGGUGGAAAAGGCCAUGGAUGUCUCAGGGUCGAGUACGCGAGUGCCUGGUGAAUCUGCUGACGACCUGCGGCCAGAGGGUUGGCCUACCAAAGAGCCCAUCUGUGAUAUUCAGCCAGAGUUCGGAUUUAAUGGAGAGGCAGUCUUCGAUGGCGUCCUCGACCGAGGAAGUAUCUGGAGCGAACAACGACUUGAGCGGAGGAUCUCGAAGAGACGAGGAGCAGUUCGGAGUCUUCAAGGACUUCGAUUUCUUGGAGUACGAAAGCGAAAGCGUCGAGGGAGAGAGCACCGACAACUUUAACUGGGGAGUAAGACGUCGACCCUUGAGCGAAGGAGAAGAACGGGAGCCGAGUUUGAGACAAUUCGAGGAGAGCCUCAGCGAGAAGACGCUGUCCUCCAGCAAACACACCACCAGGCGAGGAGUUGCCGAAGAAUCCUCCGACGACGAAAUUGGAUCAGAAUCGCCACUCGAAGAGGUUCCAGAAGGAGCUGCAGCGGGCCGAGAUGCGAACAGCAUCCCUGGGAUCUUCCCUCCGUCAUCUCUGUCGCUCAUUCCAAGUCGAACUCGUCAUGACUCUUCUACACGAUCCGAUACCUCCGGUUCCAGUGCCGGGGAUCUCGGGGAUGUGACACCUUGCAACGCCUCGCCAAAUUUGUCGGCGCUUAUGCCUUUCAGACAAGCCGUUCGCGACGAUGCUGAAGAGAUCUGGAGGCAGCAGAUUCAGAGCCUCAUCACCCAGUCGCCAUAUAACACGCUGGACUUCUUCCACUUGUUGAGCCGGAUCUUGAGAGACGUCAGCGGAAAAUCCAUAGGGCUUACCCGCGAGGCUGGGAGCUUGCUGAGCACCGGAGGACCCAUGGCAAUCCAAUUGGGUUCCCAUUUGUCUAGUCACGCAGAACUCCUCAGUUCGAAGGCCGAACCUCCAUUGGUCUGGUUCUCCACGACGGUCUUCACCGCCCAGAGGUUGAACGAGUCCCUUCGCUUCGGCAUGCUGGAGGUCCAGGAACACCUGGAAACAUUCCUGGACAAGAAGGACCACGCCUCCGAGUGCCUAGAGGCCGUCAAGGCGACGAUGAAGCUGCAAGUUCUCGGCGAUACCCAUUCGUCCUUUCCGGGCCUGGACGAGAUGUUCCUGGACCUCGGAAGAGCUCUCUACAAGCUGCAUUUCCAGUUAUUAUUGCUGAUCGAGGCGUUGAACAAAAUGCUGGGCGUCCUGAACGCCGCUGCUAGGAACGUCCAUUCUACUCUCCAGGACAUGUCCGCAGAGGUGGCGAACAUGAAGUCCGCCCUGAGCAAGGCUCUAGAAGAGAGCACCGAGAGCGAGCGAGAAACUCCGACUCCAACCCCGAGCCCGAGUCCUCUGCCUGGCGCUGGUGCCCUCGAGGAGGUCGCCAGGGUGGCGGAAUUCCUCAGGGCUGCAAGAUGGUCCUCUGCCUUGGAAGCCGUCAGACUACAUCGCGCUCAAUGGCCUGGUGACCCUUUCCACGAUGACGAUGACGUCACCACCGCCGUCAACAUGUACUGUAAACAUCUUGGACAAGAUCGUUCCGAUCUAUUCGUCGUGACGAGGAGCGACGCGGAGACGUCCGAGAUAUUCGGCAGACUUAUGGAAAGUCUCUUCCAGGUGUUGGCCUCCGUGAGCGGCCUCGAGGCGGCGACGAAGGCCGCGAGGACUCAGGACACGAGUCACUCGAAAACCGACUGCUAAUGUAACGUCAGUUUAGUUCGAGGUCGCAUUAAUAUCUAUUAAAUGGCGCUGCGCUCGCGUACGGAUGACAAAGCUAGGAAAGCGAGAAUCUGGUCCUCGGGAUGCCAGGAAAUCCAGGAAAAAACGUAGAUUUGGCACGGGCGGCUUCCGACGCCCACAAUCAGGCUCUAGGCAUCGAUUGUUGAACUCCACCGAGGCGAAACGCACCCUGUUGGAUUCUUCAGGGUUUUACUCAAAACUCACUCUCUGUAACGAGUACCCCAAGGGGUACUCGACAUAUCGAUGGCUGUACCCUACAUUUUUACGUUCGUAGGACAUUCGAAUUCCGGCCGACUGCGAUCGGGCUCCGAAGAAUUUUGUUUCCGUCGAUGACGAGGAUCGCGCGAUGAACUGAAUAGCGCAGGUUAGCGGAUUCUUAAUAAAUGUAUUUAAUAAACCGCCGGGAAUUUAUUUAAUACGCCGAAAAAUGAGUCAGAGACUCGCCGAUGAGGUCGCCUCGGGAAGGUAAAAGAAUGAAUAUUGAACACCAGUGUCAUUAAGGGGAUGUGAAAGUGG